UUCGCUGCGAUUGCUUAUGAUCUACUUCAAUGCAACGACUCGGUGAAAAAUUGCAGGAGCUAUUCAAAUUGAGAUUAUGUGCGCAAAACAAAGCAUUCGCCGAUGUACGACAAAUCAAAGAAAAGCUGGAGUCAACGGCUCAAGAUUACGAAAACCACAGAGAGCAACAACACAAUAUCGACUACAGCAAGUAAUUGCACUGAGUCCAGUGCAACGGUGACAUCCACAAAACAGAUACACAACACCGUCGCAGCUGCUGUAGCAACAACAAGACAAACAACAGUAAAUACAAAACGAACGCAAGAUUCCGCAUAUAAAGCAAAUAAUUUUGGCCGCAGCCAAGCCCAGCAUUACAACACAGUUACAGCAAUGCAUUUACCAACACUGCAACUAAGCGAUUAUCAUAUUGGCAAUGGCGGUGGCGGUGGCGGUGGUGGUGGUGGUGGCAAUGGCAAUGGCGGCUAUGAGUAUUUGCCAAGUGCUCUUUCACGUUCCAUGAAAUACGCAGAGCCAUGGAUCUAUGGCACCGUACGCGGCAUACCCGCGCGCCCCUCAUACCAUCACUUUAUGCCACAGGCCCCAUCAUCGCCGGGCAAUUAUAUGCAACCACUGGCUGUGGUUAUAUGUUCGUGCUCCGAAUAUCUAAAUGGCGCCAAACGCGACGUAAAGAAGGCGAGCGUGUGUAAAAAGUGCAAAGGGUCACGCUUGCCCUUAACACCCAUCGGCGGUACUAUGCGCUUGCCAACCGGCGGUAUGUUGGCCAUGUCCAAAUUGCGCAGCAGCGGCUCCGCGACCGUACGCGUGGUUAGCACUUCGAAAAAGGCGCGUCCCACUAUACUCGAUCCGCAAAAGGAUCCAUAUGAUUUAAUGCGACGUACGCGGCUGCUAUCGCCCGAGCCGGGUGUCGCCGGUGGCGGCAGCAUUAGUAGCAGCCGUGAUACGGGCAACAAUACUCGAGAAAAGGAUAAAUCGCGUGGACGUGGCAAAAGUGAAAGUCCAGUACGCGGACGUAGUCGUAAACGUGGUCAAUUUCCUACACCGAGCAAAAAGCAGAAUAGUGGAAGUGGGGCAGUUGUGGAAGAGCCCGACUGUUGGCUGGUAGAGAGCAGUGAUACGUUGCUAAAUGCAACCGGCGCCAUUACAAGCUCAAUCGGAGGCGAGGGAAACGCCACACGUCGCUCCAUACUACGCUGCAAUGUAAAUCCUUAUGACCUGAUCUCACUAAACCAAGCCCCUUCUAACCUGAAUAGCGGAACUGCUGCUACUCCAUCAACAAUACGCAGUAAACUGUCUACUCCAACCUCCAACAAUUCCUCCUCCUCAAGCUCUCAGAAUGAGUUUAUGCCACCAAAUGAUGACUUUAAUGUAGCUGAUGCGGCGCUUAUGGAAGAAGCGCCACCCUUUGCCUUCAACAUACCAGUCGGCAGCACACGCAUAAACGCCACCAGCAAUAAUGAAGCAGCGCAAUCGAUAAAAGCCACCACCACAAAGGCAGAAAAUAAAGCAACGGUGUUGCGACGUGAGAAUCGCACAGCUGGCACUGCAAAUGCUAAUGUAAAUAUUAGUGAAGAAGACGCCAGUAGCUCACAUGAUGAGGAAAUACUUGGCAAACGUAGCUAUGGCAAUGUGCAAGCAAUAGCUGGGCAGCGUAUUAGCUUAGGUGGCAGCAAAUCGACGACUAAAUCAUUAAUCAAACAAAACGAGGAUGGACGCAGCUACGAGAGCAUAAAAGUUGCGGAAACGACGAAAAAAUCAGCAAGCAGCAAUAGUAAGCAAGUAAAACACCUCAAUUCUUCAUCUGUGUCACUUUCAUCACAGCCAAAGCGACCAAUGCGUAUACGAAAGUCUGAUUCGAGUGAAAGUGUUGAAAGUGAAGCAGAACACACUUUGUCCAAUAGUGCUGGCAGUAAAUCUGCACCAACUGCGCUGGAUGGUGAACGAAUGAUGCUAUUAACGGCCACGCCCACGCAGCACAUCAAAUCCAUACUCAAACGUCCAACAUCCACAACAGCCGAGAGUGCUGCGGCAAUAGUUAGUGCUAAAGAUCAGCAAACGGGAUUGACGGGUAGCGCCGGCACAGAUAGUGCUAAAGUAAUGACACCUUCUAAUCAACGGCGCAUAAAUUUAAUGCACAUGGACACCACAAUCUCGCCCCCACCAACUGCCAAAUCGCAAUUUUACAUUCCACUUCCACAGGCAAGAAAAAAGGUUCAAUUUCGCGUUGAGGAACGCAUCGUACAUGCGCUCGAAAGUGAUACGACGAGUAGUGAUGAGGCCAAUGAAGCGGCAGAAAUGCAAGAGCAUUUGUUUGAUGAAGAAGAUGGCAUCUCUACGGACGAUGCCAACCUGCAGGCACUCAAAUCGACAACCAAUUACGAGUAUUACAAUCGAAAACGCGAACAACAGCGCCUAGAAAAUGCAUUCGAAACCGCAACAGCUGAGUCAAAACCAAACGCAAAAACACAUCCCAUCGGCCCAUCGACGCAUUUGUCACUGGCACUGCCGACACAGGAUGCCUUGUUGGCGGAAUUGCAGAAAUAUUCCGAUUUUGUGUCGCAGGUGAUUGCUCAAGCAAGCAGCAGCAGCAGCAACAGCAACAAAAAAGCCGUCAAUGAUUAUGAUGGUUAUAAUGUUGAUGGUGCAGCCGUUGAGAUGCACACAGAAGGCGGCAAUGCAACAAAUUCUUUAUAUUACGAGGAUAUAAGUCCCAUAACUAUUGGCGAGAGCAGCAACAAAAAUGGCAGCACAAAUAGUGCGAGCAGCAGCUUAAGCAGUAAUAAAAUCAACACUUGCAGCAGUCAGCAGCAACAUUGUGGCAACGGCGACGACAACGACAACGACGACGACGACAAAAUUAUGUCACUUGGCGCUGCGCAAAUGUUGCUUACUCCACAAAAUUCCAAAAGAUCGACACAUUCAUCAGCAAUAAUAAAGGCGGCAAUGGCGGUGACGUCAUCAUCGACAUCAUUACUGCCAACAAUAGCCACUAACGUUCAAUCACUUGCCACCACCACCACAACCACAACGGAAGCAGAUGGGUCCAUGUCACAUGUCAUUCGCUGCAACAAGAACGAUGAUUAUGAUGAUGACGAUGAUGGGCAAUCAGACGCCAUCAAGAAGAACAACGAGAACACCAACAAAAACAAAGACAGCCGCAAUACCGUCGGCAUGGAGAGCAGCGACGAGGAUGUAUACGAGGAUGCGAACGACGAUAACAGCUAUACCACCACGUUAGAACACUCAGUAGCUUUUAAUACAAACGCUGUCCCUCCUGCUGAUGAUUCUCUGAAAGUGAAGCUCGGUAAUUUCAAAUAUUUGAAGGCGGAAGCUCAAAGCGCCACUACUUAUCAAAGGGAGAACACUCAUAUUUCACAAGAAAAUAUCUUUGAUAUCAAAGCUAAUACUACAUAUCAACCCCUCGAACUCAAGAAGCAUACAAUUUGGUAUGAAAUUUUACUAUGCAAUAAAAGUCAAAGUGAGAUGCUGAUGGGUGGUAAUCAAUGUGCAGCAAUCAGUUUAGGAUAG